CGAGUAUGCGAUGCGAUUUGAUCGGAAUCUGAUCGCAAAGCGAAUGAAAGCUUUGCUGGUAGUGGACGCGUUGGAAAACAGUGGCAGAAAUUGAUAGCAAUUUUUCCUCGUUCGAAUCGUAUAUUGAUGGUAGCCAACUAAACAGGAAAACUGGAUUAUAAUGUCGACUUGUGUGGAAAAUUGUUAUUGUGAUUAGAAACGGCACAAUCGAAGCAAAACACUUUUCCAGCUCAACGGGUAGUGGUAUAUUUACACACAUACCAGGACAAAUUUGGCUGCAGAAAAAGCAUUCGUAAAUGCGAUUACGAAAGUGUUCGUUUACCAGUGAACAUCGCGACAACGGUUGUGUGCGUCUUACAAAAGCUUAAAAUAGAACACUAUUCCUGAUUGGUUCGUCGUUUGACAGGCGCUGAUCGUGAGUCCAAUGAUUUUUUGGAAAAGUGCUAAUUUUUUCCAUGAAAAGUGCUCAAUUUUUUAAAAAAGAAUUUUGUUUGAUAAAAUUUUAAGAUUUUCUAUGCGGAAAGUGUUGUUUUUGAUGAGAUAAUUUUACAGUGAAAAAGUAGUUGAACUUAGCGCAGCAGCACAAGAUGGCGUCCGCUGGGGUAGCCAAUCAGCGUCGAGCUUGUAUAGCUUCGGCACAGCAUGAUGAAUUUUCGUACGUUUUCGCGUCAUCGUUCAGCAGCAGCAGUACAAUUUAGUGCGUCCUCGUCGCAAAAGGUGCAGAACAAAACCUGAGAUCAGAAAGCGGAAGAGUGUGUGCAAAAUUUUAGGCUGGCGCGGAAAAACCAUUUAAAUUUGUGGUCGAGAACACCUUACUGACAUGUGUCAGGUGGAGUACAGCACCAACAGCGAUCAGCUAGAGGAAUUGGCCGGAAGCGCCCUGGAAACGAUUUGAAAACUAAACAUCGCGAUACACUAUCUUUUACCCGGGCACCUAUUGAACUCAAACAACAAGCUCCACAAAGCAAAAAAAACGUAGUGCAUAAUUGUUUGCAACGUAGUAGUGAAGAGAACGCAUUCAAAAUAAAUGAGUAGUCGAAAAUCAGCGGCGGCAGCUGCUGCUGCUGCCGCCGCGGCCGGUGAGGGGCCGUCGACUGCUAAGCGGCGAGGCCGGCCACCCAAGUCACAAUCUGCUUCGAUGGAACGUCCCAAACCAAAGUUUCAGUAUCAUCUAUUGAAGAAGCCCAAAUAUUUGUGCAAAGAUGGCAGCGAUUCACGGUUUAGUACGCCGUCUGCCUCGCGUGCAUCAUCUCCACAAGGAAGUGAGGAAAGCCGUCCAUCUACGUCGCGUCGGUCAGUUCCUAGAAAGACGCCUCGAUCAGCCAAGGCAACACCAAAAGGGCGGGGAGCCACUGGUGGUCGUGGACGUGGUGCGAACAGUCGAAAAAGCUACACGUACCACGAAUCUGAGUACCACUACGGUUCGGACUUUGGUGAUGAUAGCGAUAAAAGUGAUGCGUACGAUGAUUCGAUGCAUUCGGCCAGCGACUCUGAUGAUAGUUUGGCCAACGAGUCGGAAUCGGAUUUCUCGACUCACAGUUUUAGCACAUCAACUGUGGGUGGUGGUUGUCUGAAAGAACCCUCUCCGGAUCCGGUGUGGUUGCAAGAACGAGAUUUUCCUCCAUUGGAGCUGCCAGCUUCCUCUGAAGAUUUAUUAGUGCCGAAUGAGAUUGUGCUCAAGUGUACGUCGAUUUAUGAAAUCAUAAGGCGCUUUAGACAUCUGGUUCGAUUGUCACCGUUCCGGUUAGAGGAUUUCUGUGCAGCGAUCAUGUGUGACGACCAGAGUCCACUGUUAACCGAAAUACACAUCAUGCUACUGAAGGCAAUUCUGCGGGAGGAAGAUUCGCAGCAGACACACUUUGCACCGCUCGAUCAGAAGGACAGUGUUAAUAUUGCGCUAUAUUUGAUAGACUCCAUUACGUGGCCGGAAGUGCUACGAAGUUACAUUGAAAGUGAUUCCGGGUUAGAUCAAGAGGUACUGACGAUACUCACUGCCAAUGAGUAUCCAUUUGUGACACCGGAAGAUAGGUUAAAAGUGUUACAGUUUUUAACAGAUCAAUUUCUUAUUACAACUACUGUGCGAGAUGAUAUGUUGCAAGAAGGUCCAAUUCAUUACGACGAUCAUUGUCGUAUCUGUCACCGGUUGGGCGAUUUAUUGUGUUGUGAAACUUGCCCAGCGGUGUUUCACCUGGAGUGCGUGGAUCCUCCGCUGGUGGACGUUCCAAGUGAAGACUGGCAGUGCAAUUUGUGCAAAUUGCAUAAAGUUUCCGGCGUUAUUGAUUGCAUCUCGGCACAGGAGAAACAAGGUAUGCUGUGUCGACAGGAACUGUUGGGUUACGAUCGUCAUGGACGAAAGUAUUGGUUUAUUGGAAGACGAAUUUUCAUUGAGACGGAAGAUUCUUCCGAGGUGUGGUACUUCAGUACAGUCAAACAGUUCGAAUAUUUGCUUUCCAAGCUGAAUGCAGACGAGUUUGAAGUUCAUCUGUGCAACGAGCUUGAAGAUCGGAGGGAUGAGAUAAUUCGUCAGAUGACCAUCACAGAAAACAUCACCAAUCAGCAUAAGGGGAACAAGAAAUCUUACAUUGAGUUAGACAAUCAGAGAUUGGAGAAAUUGAUGGAACAGAACGGUUCAAAAAUUGAAGACAAGAUGGAUGUAGAUAACUCCAGUGAAAGUCAUGAAAAUGGUGAAUCAGAAGAAAAAUCAAAAGAUGGAACCAAUAGUAGUGAAUCGUCUGGUAAGGAAGAAGAUGAUAAGCAUGUUACUCGAUCGAAAACUGGUUCCUUGACACCUCGCACGAUCAACAAUGAAGAUAAAAGAAAAAAAUCGUUGUCUAAAGAGGACGACGAAUCGCGGAUUACCCGUAACAAACUGAAUCAGAUAGUCAGCGGAACGCUGCACUUUAAGCUUGGCAUGGAAAACGGGUUCAAGGCAUAUGUGAAUCAGUACUCUAUCAAUUCGAUUGCUUUGAAUAAACCACAGCGGAACGAAGAGCGGGAUAAAAAGCGUCAUUUGUCGCACAAAUUCUCCCUAACACAGGCAUCGGAGUUCAAGUGGCUGGGAGGUGGAUUGUACAGCAGUCAAACACAGAUUAUUUCUACCUUGAAGCAGACCAUAAUUGCACUGGAACAAGCAACCGCUUCACCCUAUCUGCAUCAGAAUUGGCCAAAAUUGAGGAAGACAUGGAUUAGCGCCAUUAGUGCGUGUACUAAAGCGAAAGAUUUUGCCCGAAUUCUUUGCAUUCUGCAGGCUUGUAUGAGGGGAGUUGUUUUUGCUAGCGUUUGGCACGAACAACUUGGACACACCAGAAUGUAUAGAAUAACGUCGGCCGAAAGGGAAGAGAAAAAGAAACUCGAAAAACGGGAGAAGCGAGAGCGCGAUGACGAAGAGGAACGUAACAGAAUGACUUUCAACUUUGUCAAGUAUUCCCUUGGUCUUAAACAUCAGGUUUGGAAGCAAAAGGGCGAAGAAUAUCGUAUCCAUGGUCAGUGGGAUUGGGUGUGGAUGUCGCUAGGUCGGCGAAAAAUAGUGAAACCCUGUAGGGCAAAAAAUGAAGUUGGUCACGUGUUGAUACCGAUCGUUGCUGAGGUGCACAAGAAAUUGCUGAAGUUAGACGAAAAGACGUACGAGGCGUAUCAAGCAUGCAUAGAUGGUAAGACGGAUCUGGACUUUAUGACAGAUAAUCAAAACUUGAACAAUCAACUGGUGGAGAACUUCAACCAGUUGGAGACAUUCCCGGUGCCAGAUACGUUUGGAGAAAUUGAUGUUUCCAGAGCGCUCGCAACGCCAGGCGGUAGAAUUCUUUACCCAAAGAUUGCUAAGAAAUCUCCCUUUUUGGACGGUUUGCUUCAGAGGCGAGUCGAUUUGAAGGAGGAAGAAGAACGCAAAAUUGCUAAGGUAAAGCAGGAAGAGGAGGAAAUUAAUGUUAACGUUAUUGCUAAACCAGAUGUUAACAACAUUCGACCUAGCGAUUGUGCCGAGAAACAACUGCUUGCUAUCGUUAAUCAUCGAAAUGGUGGCAAAACACAAACUCUUCAAACCAAUCAACAACACAUUUUGCCAAAUGUCGAACAUUUGAACUCAUUGAUUCAGCAAAUUCUGCCACUUCGUGCGAAAUAUCAACAGUCCCACCGUCUAACAAGCCAGUACAAGUGUUAUUCGCUCGGUUGCGGUGAGGGAACCUGCUACUCACCGAUGUGUGCCCAGAAACACCGUAUCAAAGAGGAACUGUUUUCUUUGUUGAAAAAAGCACAGGCACUGGACAGUACCCAAGUUACUAAAACUACUGUCGGAAGCAACAAAUCGAUUCUAGAGCAAAAACUUACCGAGAGUAAACCGGAAGACUUUCAAGGAAUGUUGGCUCGGUUCACCAUGAAUCGGUACCGAGCCGUUCUAGACGAUUGGGAACGUGCUCAUCGAAAUUUGAUUGAGUACGAUGAACAGCUCGUUGACUCGAUGGCUGCUCCUAAACUCGAAGAAGAGCACAAUAAUAAUGUAACCAACGAAGUUGAAGUAAAGACAGAAGAGGCUCCCGAUAUGGUCGUUAAGGAAGAGGUGGUUAGCACUGAAAACGAAUCGGAGCUUAAUGUUUCCGAUCGAAUGGACGACAGUUUGAAAUUAAACGAAAAUUCCAAUUCCAUUUCGGAAAACUCCUGUGAUGAACCGCGAACAACUCGAAGGGGUCGAUCAAGAAACAGCAAAAACAACUCUAUUAUCGUGGAGGAGCCAGAAUUCAAAGUUAAAGAGGAAGUAAUAGUUCGACCAAAGAAGGAACACAAACCGAACCGUAGAUUCACUGCACCUUCUCGCAGUGUUAAAAAAGAGGACUCUGAAGAGAAAGAAUUGGCACCAGAUGGAACCGUCCGGGUUUUCACGAUCAGCUCCACCAAGAGUAAAGUAUAUCUUCGAACAACAUCUGCUUUGGACAGCAAGAUCAAGACGGAGAGCAAACUAGUAAAACCAAAGUAUCCGGUCGUCAAUUACUUCCGCAACAAGAAUCAAACUACCUCGAUAAUGGUUUUACCACGACAUGAAGUAAUCAAGCUGAGCCGUGUCGGAGGUCGUCUGCCGGUGAACGGAUUCCACCAUCUGGCAAAAAAUAAUAACUCAGUGUGGCCUUAUCCGUGUGCGAGGCCAAUGUUCAAAACGUGCUGGUUAUAUCGGACGUUGAAUUUGUCUACGCUAGCUGCGGUCGGAUUGCAGCUUCGCAUUCUUUGGACCUGUCUGCGGUGGGAUGAUAUGGCGAUGAAGCCGGUGACCAGCGAUGGAAAACAUCAGGUCACGACUGAAUCCGAAAUUAUGUCGUUAGAGAUUCUUAAGCACCGGUACGCUGGAGUAUUCAACGAACGCUUGCAAUACCUCAGGCGUAAAGUAGUCAUUCCAUUGGAACUGCCGAAAACGGUUAGAGAGGUGCAGUCUAUACGAUCGGGUUUACGUAAGCGGAAGCGAGCAGAAUCUCCUCAGCAAACUGAACCGCAAGUGUCCGAGGAGUGGAUAGACGAAGACAAGCUGGAACUGUGGGAGAUUAAACUGUACGGUGAGAAGCAAGAGAAAUUGGCUGCUGCUCAGGUUCAGCCGGUCACUCGUACAACUACCGGAAAACUUCCACCAAACCGUCAGCCCAAUGACUCCUCAAACCCAUCAACGCCGACCAGUAACGGAAGCAGUGCUUCCGGCUCAAACUCGAAUGCCGGUUCAUCUACUGCACCGAAUAAAUCGACUGUUAUUUCAAACAAAGCCACCCGUGAGGAAAUCACGGAGAAAAUGGAACAGCAACUACGGAUACAGCGUGCGGCACACAAUCAGAAGCGUGCCCUGGAGCAGAAACAUCAGCAAGAUGGUUCCACGCCGGCUAAACAGACAGUUGUUCAACGUCGCAUUAUUGUAAAGAAUCCAGACGGUACUACAAAAAUCAUUCAGCAGAAUAUCACACAAUCUGCUGCUGGUCAAGCACGCUCGUCACCUGCCGCCACUCAGCAAACCCCACAGACUCAACAACAAGCUCAAACAGCUUCGAAACCGGAUGGUCCACAAAAGGUACAGAUCAUUCGUGGUCCAGACGGGAAGGUCAGCGUUCGGGGUCUCAAUCCAGGUCAGCAGCUAAUUCAAACGGCCGAUGGAAAAUUGCAUGUUCUCAGUGCAGCUCCUGGAUCGAGCCCAGCCGCUAGUAAACAAGCUAUAGCCGCCAAAGUUGGUCAGAAGAUUAUAACCAAGGUAGCUGCUGGCAAUGCUAGUCCAGCAUCGACAGCAACUGCCUCGGUGACCACAUCCACAACUCAAUCCCAACCACAGCAGCAGCAGCAAAUAUCAACACAGGUUAAACUACAGCAGCAGCAGCAACAACAAACAACCUCUACGGUGGUUAGUUCACCUGCUGUCACUCAGCAGAUUUUGAAUAAAUCACCUGGAAUUGUGGUACGAAAUCAGGCAGGACAACCUAUCAAACAAAUUAUCCAGAAGCAGGUUGUUCAAAAGGUUCAAGCCACCAGUACAACACCCCAGCAGCAAGCGGCAACGCAACAGAAAAUCAUCAUCAACAACCAACAGGGCACGGUGCAGAAAAUCAUCACAUCAAGUGGACAGGUAAUUAGCACGACAACCGAGGGCCAAGUGCAGAAGGUCGUGACCCAGUCGAAUCUCCAGCAGCUGCUGCAAGGUGCCGGCCAGAAGGUGGUCGUAGAGCAAAACGCUGGUCAGAGUCCAGUGCAGACUCAGAAGGUACUGGUCGCUACAACGCCGACGGGUCAAACCGUACAGAAACAGAUUCUCAUUCAAAAUACGAGCCCGGGAACGCCUCAGCAAAUUAUUAUCAAUCAGGCUGGCGGUCAGAAGGUGGUUCAACAAAUAGUGGCAUCACCGGGACAGCAGAUAAUGAUUGGCGGUCAACGCAUCAUAUUGAAUGCGGCUGGCGGACAGAAGAUUAUUGGCAAUCAACCGAUACAGAUUCAGCCAAACCAACAGAUCCAGCAGCAAGUGCAGCAGCAGGUCCAGAAAAUACAUCAAAUUGUGGCGAGUCCCCAACAAGUACAACAACCACAGCAGAUACAAAUACAAAUUCAGCAACCUGUUGUCCAACAACAGCCGCAGCCACAGGUCCAAACAAUUCAGACUCAACCUGCUCCGCUUACUCAAGGACAAAGUUUGACACAGCAGUUGUCCAGUGGUAAGCUACAACUGGCCAAUCUAAACGGCCAGCAAGUAUUGAUAAGGCCACUGGGCAACAAUCAAGCGCAAGUGGUGGCUCAUAUCAAAACACAGCCAAACGGCACUGCACAAAUUAUUCCUCUGGGUAAUGCGGUCGAUCCACCAGCGGUACAACCUCAACCUCAGCUUCAACCAGUGCAACAAAUUGUUCAAGCGGCACCGCUUCAGCAAACCACCAUUCAACAAGUUGUCCAACAACAACAACAACAACCAGUAUCACAAGCAAACGUUGUUCAGCAGGUAUUGAAUACGUCAGGAGGAUCACACACUACUUUCCAGCAGCUGGCAGCUGCUCAAUCUCAGCAACAACAACAACAAUCAUUAGAUCCCGUCGAGCAGAAACUACUACAGGGUCAACCCCCGGGAACGGUGAUCAAGUGUGUGACUGCUCAAGUAAUACAAACACAGCAGGGACCGCGAAUAGUACUUCAAGGGUUGCAGGGUUCCGAGUUCACGCCGCAACAAUCGGCCUUGGUCCAGCAGCAAGUUAAACAGCAAUUGUUAAAAGCACAAGAGUCUAACGGUAAGCAGGGAGUUCUCGGUCCAACUAAAAUCUACCUAGCUAUUCAACCGGCUCAACAAGCGGCUCAGCCACCGCCCCUGGCUCCAGUGCAAAUAAAACACGACGGGGGUACGACCCAGAUACAGCUCCAUCAGCAAGCCGACUCGACCGUUUCUACCACGACCCCAACGGCGGAUGAUUCGGAGUUGCCGCUGGCCGGUUCACUGAUCAGCACGACAACAACGAUCAAAACAGCCGCCAGUACCAGUAGUAAUGAUAGCAAACCUCAGAUUCUGUCCAACAUUGUCAUUAACGGAAGUGGCACAGCUGCCAUCAAUCCAAUUGUCAAAAAGGAACUCCAGAAGGUACUGGCUAGCAACCUGAACAAGCAAACUGUCGUACAGCUGCAGCAGCCUCUGCAACAGCAGUCAGGGUCAGACGAGUUGCAAUUGGAGCAGACCGAGGAGGACGCAGAAAGCUCUCCGUCGGCCGUUAAAGAAGAAAAUGCUUCGGAUGACGAUACCAGAAAUAUUGAUGAGAAGGAUGAUUCGUUUGUGGUCACUCCAGACUAUAUUCAACAAACAAUCAAAAAUGCUCUGAGACAGGAAAAUCUAAAUCCGGAGAUCGAAGAGAAGCUGCUGAAUUUGCAACGUUAUCAGGAGAAGCAGAUGAAAGCCGAUGACCGUGGUGCUGCGAUUGCUCUUCAGCACAAUUAUAGCAAUAUGAGUGCUGUUAGGGAGCACAGUACACCGGUAAAAGCGAAAAAGCGACCCUAUCGAGGCGAGGAUGAUGAUGACGAGUGGAUGAUGGAUACGCCGAAGCGACGUCCGACAAAGUCGUGUGGUAAUUCGACUAGUUCUGUUGAACGAAAGAACCCAACUGCAGCGGCAGUCGGCGGCGUUGGUGGUGAUGGUCCCAGUAGGAAACGUGCAAUCUCCCAAAGUGAUUCGGCUGCCUCCGCUGCGGCGGCAGCAGCAGCUGCAGCAAUUGUUGCUUCCGUUAAUGCUUCGAACGAAGCUGCGGUUCCGGUUGUUAGCUCGCCAUCUGUAUCUAAUGCUAGAUCGGAAGCGGCUCGUAAGAGCAAUGAAAGGAGGAAACAACAGCAAGCACUUUUACAGCAGCAGCAGCGGCAAAACAAGUUGCAGGCUCAACUAAACCGCCACAAAGAGCAACUGAAGAAAGACAUUCUCAAGAAGCGAUCUCAUCUCGAACGGGAAUUACAGGUACAAAUUCAAAAGGAACUGUCGGUGGAGCUGGCAGCCCGGUGCAAACAGGAACAGCUGCAGAUUAAGCAGGAGAAUACUGCGAAGCACGGAGCUUCGGCGGCGCAAGCAACGACAGCAGAAAAAUGCAGUUCCGUUAAGAAAAAGACGAACACCACAGCAGUAUCCAAAGAAAACCACCAAAAGACGCAAAAGAUUACGGCUAGCACGAACAAACCGGAAAAACCGUCCAAAGCUAGUAAAAAACGGUUAUCUAACAAGAAGGAAAAAAUCUACUGUCUUUGCCGGACGCCCUACGAUGAUACGAAAUUCUACGUCGGUUGUGAUCUGUGUAACAAUUGGUUCCACGGAGAUUGCGUCGGCAUUUCGGAGGAGCAAUCGAAAGAGAUCAACGAGUUUGUGUGCAGCGAAUGCAAGCAUGCCCGAGAAACGCAAGAGCUGUACUGUCUGUGUAAACAGCCGUACGAUGAAUCACAAUUCUAUAUUUGCUGUGAUAAAUGCCAGGACUGGUUCCAUGGGCGAUGCGUCGGUAUUCUGCAGAGUGAGGCUGAAUUCAUUGAUGAGUACAUUUGUCCAAACUGUCAGAUCAAUAAUUCGGUUAACUUUGCAAACAUGAAAACCCUGAGUGCGAAAGAGUUUGAGAACUUAAAGAAGCUCAUCAAGCAAUUGCAGCAUCACAAAAGCGCGUGGCCAUUCAUGGAACCGGUCGAUCCGGAUGAAGCCCCAGAUUAUUACCGUGUGAUAAAAGAACCUAUGGAUCUCCAAAAAGUGGAAAGUAAGGUGGAUAAUCAGAGCUACAAUACGCUGUCGGAGUUUAUCGGGGAUAUGACAAAAAUCUUCGAUAAUUGCCGCUACUACAACCCGAAGGAGUCCCAGUUCUACCGGUGCGCGGAGAGUUUGGAGUCGUUCUUUGUACAAAAAAUAAAAUUUUUCCGUGAAAACUUAGUCGAUAAGAAGCCUAGCACGUCUUCGUAAAGGCAAGUGAUCUAACUUUUUUUAUAUUAAACUAACAAAGUUUAUUCUACAAGGUUCAGGCACAAUAGAACAGUAACUUCUCUUCUACUGUACAUGAUACAAAGUAAUAUAAUAAUUUUAUAAAAAAUAGAUUUGAGUAAGUUUCUCUAUUACCAAAACAUUUUUUUUUAAAUUUUGUAUGGAACCUCUACUUCUAUACUUAUUCGUUUGAUUGGUUCGGUGAUGUAUGUUUGUGUAGAGCUAUUUUAGCAAAGCAUUCGUACAAUAAGAUAUUCUAAUUUAUUUUAGAACGGUAGAAUGGUGUGAAUGCUUUCACAUUGUAAAUAGUGUACGAUAGUAGAUUGUACGAAUUUAUGAAAAAUAUGUAAAUAAAUGCUUUGCAAUAAAAUGUUGCACCUGGUGUAAAAUGAAAGUAUUUUCAAAAAUGUGAAUUUGCAUAUGCCUUCUCAACGACAAACAUUCGUUUUUAGGUUCAACAGAAACAAACAUCCAAUUUGUUAUACAUUCAUGUGUCAUUUUAUUCUUGUCAUCGAAAUAGCUCCUGAAAAAUAUUGUUGAAAGAAUAUAAUUGUUUACUGAUAUUCACGAAGGGCGACGUUAUAACAUAUUGCACACAAAAAUGAUUUUCACUUAUUGAAGCUGCGGUAUCAUCUGCGUUAUCCUACACUUUUUACGGUAAAUAUAAGCAAGUCAAAAUAUUCCCAUGUUAGUGGUUUUGUUAUCUUUUAAGUAGCUAUACUUGCAUUCUGUGUAAAAAGUACAUUUCAGUUAAGCAAUAGAUGAUAAUAUAAGAAAUCCGUAGUUGCGGUGUUCUAUUCAAAAUAGAAUAUCUUAGUAAUAAAAUCUAGCAGUACUAAGAACUUUUGUACGCAACACACAUUUAUUGUACACAUUUGAAGAAUGAUUUAUUUUCUGAAAAAUAA